CCCAUGACAUUAUGGAAGUGAAAGCUGGACUUUGAAGAAGCAAGAUAGAAAAAGUAUUGACGCUGUUGAACUUGGGUGUUGGAGAAGACUUUUGAGGAUACCAUGGACAGCCAGAAAAACGAACAAAUGGAUCAUAGAACAGAUCGAUCCAGAAUUUUCACUCGAGGCACAAAUGACCAGGCUCAAGCUAUCAUACUUUGGUCACAUUAUGCAAAGACCCAGCUCCCUUGAGAAGUCCAUAAUGUUGGCAAAAGUUGAAGGAAAGAGAAGAAGAGGAUGACCAGCAGCAAGGACAACCCUUGUAAACAUCAGUGAACCUACAUGUGGCCUUUGAAAAAGCUGGAAGUUGAACCUGAUGGCGAAGGUUAGGUCACUUCAGAGCUGCUUGAAUCAGACUGCACCUAUUUCUGUUUUGGAACUGGGUUUCACCGAGUCUUGAACUGACAUGGUAUGAUGAGCUUUCAGGGGAUUGGCUUGGAAGGCCUUUUAAAGUUUCCUGCGUGUGUGCAACAGGAUUUGAACUCAGCAACUUCAACAUCCCAGUGAUAAUGCCAUCCUUGCCAAAUGAGGGAGAGAACCAAGGGACCUCUUCUCUGACAUUGAGCUCCAGCCUAUCUUUCCAAAGCACAAUAAAGAGAAAAGUCAGGGAGAAGAAAAAGCAUGGAGCCAUCACUGCAAAUGUUGCUGGCACAAAAUAUGAAAUUGUACGUGUAGUAAUAGAAGAGAUGGGGUAUGUGAAGACUCGUGAUGAUGAUGAAUCUGCAAACCUCAUCUGGAGUGAUUGUGCUGUGCAGCAGGAAAAGAUUGCAGAACUUCGAAAUUACCAGAGAAUCAAUCAUUUUCCAGGAAUGGGUGAGAUCUGUAGGAAGGAUUUCUUAGCAAGAAACAUGACCAAAAUGAUCAAAUCUCAGCCCCAAGAGUAUAGCUUUAUUCCUCGGACGUGGAUCUUCCCGGCAGAAUAUACACAAUUCCAGAACUAUGUAAAAGAACUCAAGAGAAAACGCAGACAGAAAACGUUCAUAGUCAAACCAGCUAAUGGUGCAAUGGGACAUGGGAUCUCUCUUAUAAGAAACGGAGAAAAACUGCAUCCUCAAGAACACCUCAUAGUCCAGGAAUACCUUGACAAGCCCUUUCUUAUGGAAGGCUACAAAUUUGAUUUAAGAGUGUACAUUCUGGUGACCUCCUGUGAUCCAUUAAAAAUAUUUUUAUAUCAUGAUGGGCUAGUGAGAAUGGGCACAGAGAAGUACCAUCCCCCCAAUGACUCAAAUCUGAGCCAGCUGUAUAUGCACUUGACCAACUACUCUGUGAAUAAGCAUAACGAACGUUUUGAACGGGAUGAAACAGAAGAUAAAGGCAGUAAGCGCUCUAUAAAGUGGUUUACUGAGUUUCUGCAAACAAAUCAACUUGACGUUUCUAAAUUCUGGAACGAUAUUUCAGAACUAGUGGUGAAGACACUAAUUGUAGCAGAGCCGCAUGUCCUUCAUGCUUACCGUAUGUGUAGACCAGGACAGUCUCCAGGAAGUGACAGUGUUUGCUUUGAAGUUUUGGGGUUUGAUAUUCUGCUGGACAGAAAACUAAAGCCAUGGCUCCUAGAGAUCAAUCGUGCCCCAAGCUUUGGUACAGACCAAAAAAUAGACUAUGAUGUGAAAAAAGGUGUUCUGCUGAAUGCUCUGAAGCUGCUCAAUAUAAGGACAAGUGAUAAAAGAAAAAAUUUAGCCCAGCAAAAAGCAGAAGCUCAGAAGAGACUUUAUGGUCAAGGCUCAAUGAAAAGGCUGUCACCAGUGUCGUCUGACUGGGAAAAACAGCGUCGCUCUCUGGAAAGGAGAAGAGAGGAAUUGAAAGAGAGACUGGCACAAGUACGCAGGCAGCUCUCCAAAGAAGAACAUGAAAAUAGGCACAUGGGAAACUACAGACGAAUUUAUCCUCCUGAUGAUAAGCUGCUACUUGAAAAAUAUGAAGAUUUGUUAGCCACUGCUUUCCAGACAUUCCUUGCUGGGAGAGCAGCCUCACUUCAACGGGAGAUGAACAACCCCCUAAAAAAGAUGAAGGAAGAAGAUAUCUUGGAUCUUCUGGAACAGUGUGAAAUGGAUGAUGAGAAACUGAUGGGGAAAACUGUCAGACCACGUGGACCCAAGCCCCUGUAUUCCAUGCCGGAGAGUGCACAGCUCAUGAAAAAGCAGAGACACUACAGCAGUGGCAGUAGCAGCGAAAGUAGCAGUGAUGUUUCCGAAUGGGAGGAGGAAGCUGAAAAAGAUGAUCAAAAUGUGAAGAAAGAAAAAAAAGUCUCAUAUGAUCUUGAAGACAGGCAGCUAAUAGAGCGAUCCAGCAGAAUGAACUGGAAACGGCCCCUUAAAAAAGUCCCAUCUUAUAUAUCCACCACAUCAUCAGCUGGUCCUAUAAGACGUUCUGUGAGCUGCCCUCGAUCUAUUUCAGCCUUGGCUAUGCAAGCUGCUGAAAACAGGCCUUUCUCAGCCAAGCCGGUGGUACAGGCCUCUCGUUUAUCUUCUGUGAGUAGGUCACACUCUUUAAACAGAGGUUCAUCUUCAGUCAAAAUGAACACUGCCAACCUGGGUAUUGUGCAUUCUUCUGUGGGUGAAACUCCAAUGCAGCAGAGAACAAAAGAACAAGAAGAGGCACUAACAAGGGAGACCCUGGUCAUUAUCAAUGAUAUGAAGAUCAGGUUCCCAGGGAAGACCAAUGAAGAAGCAGAAUUAAUACUUGAAGAUAUUAUGGACAAUUGGAAAUACCAUAAAUCAAAAGUGGCCUCAUACUGGUUGAUAAAAUUGGACUCUGUAAAACAGAGAAAGGUUUUAGAUAUUGUGAAAGCUAGUGUUCGUUCUGUUCUGCAACGCGUCUGGAGAGUUUCAGAUGUUGAAUGUUUACAUUUAUACCGGCUUUUUAACCGUGUGUUUAAUCGUCUGCUAUGGAGCCAUGGCCAGGGACUGUGGAACUGUUUCUGCAAUUCAGGGAGCUCCUGGGAGACAAUAUUCAGUAAAAGCACAGAAACAGUGACUGCCGAUCAGCUCCAGUGUUGCCAACGAAUAGCAGAGCUUUGUAAACAGUGCCUGCUAGUGGUUUACAAAUAUUCCACCGAUUCUAGAGGGUCCCUUACUGGAAUUAACCCUGACUGGGACGACACAAGGUAUUCACUGCCAGGACCUUUGCAGUUCAUCAUGAAACCUUCCACCGGUUUUGGGUGUAGCUCAUCCGGAAUGACUCGCUCUAUUUUGUUUACACCUAGAUAUGACCACUCAUGAAACAAAAGGGAACUUUGUUAUUUAAUGGGCAAUUUGUUUUAUUUUUCUUCUGAAUUUCAAAUGUGCGAUGCAACUGAACAUAGGGACUGUUAUAUAUUUAUUACAGUAUAUAAAAUGUAGCUCAGAAACCUGCUGUAAACACUUAACCUCUCUGGAAAUGUAAUAAACCUUAUUAAAAUGUUUACAGAGAUAUGUGAAUGUUCAGAUCUUGCUAGGUUUCUAAGUACUUUCUUCCUACUAAAAAAGUUAUUUUUGCUGCUCAGUCACUAAAAUGGAAUUGAUCUUGGGUAUCCCGUUACAGUGUUAAAUUAUUUUAUAGGCACAAUACCUUUGAACUUGAAAUAUUUAUGUAAAGCCUACUGUUUGCCCUUUCAUAGGUACUGAUGUGUCAUCAGGAUAGACAAUACGGACUGGGGAAUUAUAGAAGUAACUUCAAAAAUAUGAUUGUUUCUAUAGCACAUCUAAAGAAAAACCUGUAAAAGCCAAACUCUGAUGUACCUUCCAGCAUCUUUUUAACGUUAAGAAAAUUAUGAGAAAUGUUAAUCUUUAUUUGUCAGUAAGGGCAUGCUGAGAUCUCUUAGUUUAAGUGAAGACAAUCCACUGGGUGAAUUAUUCAAAACCAUCAGUUCUGACAUAAGUUUCUAGCUGGAACCUUGUAAUAAAAACAGACAGCAAUGGUGAAA